AGGGGCCGCUCUCCCCGCAUGCAGCAGCCGGCGGCUCCUCGUCCCUCUGCGCCCUGCUAAAGGGACCGCCGCGGGGCCGCAGAGCCGGGAUGGCGGUGCCGCCGCGCGGCCGCGUUCCCUCGGCGAAGCCGUAGCCUCUGGCUCCCGCCUCGCCCCGCGCUUCCUGCGCCGCCCUCACCCCCCGCACAGCCCGGCCAUGGCGCGGCCCGCGGCCGCCUACGAACCGGCCGUGCCGCCCCGCCCCGCCUGCCCCUACACCAGCUGCUACUGUGAGGAAAACGUUUGGAAACUUUGCGAGUACAUCAGGAGUCAGGACCGGUACCCGACAGAAGAGUUUUAUGCUGUUUUCAUCUCCAAUGAUAGGAGGAUGAUUCCACUCUGGAAGCAGAAAUCGGGACAUGGAGACGAGCCUGUUGUCUGGGACUACCAUGUCAUUCUACUUCACGUUUCCAGCGGGGAGCAGAACUUCAUUUAUGAUCUCGACACAGUGUUGCCGUUCCCAUGUCCUUUUGACGUGUACAGUGUGGAGGCCUUUAGGUUGGAUGAUGGCCUUCGUCCGGAAUUUCACAGGAAAAUCCGAAUGAUUCGAGCAGAUUUGUACUUGAAGACUUUUGCUUCAGACAGAUCUCACAUGAAAGAUGCAAAUGGGAAAUGGCAGAAACCUCCUCCUUCGUACCCUUGCAUUGAAACUGCAGACUCCAAGAUGAACUUGGAUGAUUUCAUCAGUAUGAAUCCCAAAGUGGGAUGGGGCUCAGUGUUCCCCCUUCCGGACUUCGUACAUCGAUUUGGCAGACAGACUGACUACAGCUAUUCCUUGGAAGGACAGUGAAGCGAACAAAGAUCUUCUCCCUGCUUCUGUUCUCAGUGUUUUGCUGCUUUUUUGUCAUAUUUAUGGUUUACAUUUCUCUACAUGGAGUAAGUACUUGGGAAGGUGGAAUACCCGAUCAGAAAUAUCAUGCACUGAAUAAAAACUUUUAUUUUGAUUAUGUAAAAAGGAACUUGUUUUUUGCUGUCAAAUCAAAAGCAGACAUCCCACCAUAAGCAGAUCAUUUUUCCAUCUACUGUGCCCAAAUUGAAAAGAGCAUUUGCAUGCUGUAAGAAAAGCUUUUGGAAAAAUAUAUGCAUAAAACACUGAACAGUGUAGCUCAACUUGCUACAUGUCACCACAUUUUAGAAGUGAGAUGCAGUGUGUUUGCUUUGUGUUAUGAUUCCUAUCACUUAUAGAACAGACGGUGCAUCUCCAUUUAGUCACCAACUUUAUCAAUUGGGCCU